AUGACAGAUGAACAGGAGAAGAAAGCGGGCUAUCCCCCAGCAGUUAAAGCAGGAGGUAUGCGAAUUGGCCACGAUAAAACUCAUCCAAUGGAACGACCACCAAAAGAUGCAGAAGACUGUACAAGACUCACUCCUCCUGUCAAUAUAACUCCAAAUGCUAUGAGCAUUACCGGUGCAGCAGCACGAGGUAAUUUCGAAUAUUCGCCCCAAGCCGCACAAGUUUCACCGCUUAUGUCUAAUUAA